AUGUGCUUGGUGGAACAUAUCGGUGCAUCGUCCUGUGCGAGCUAUGAUGAAGACGAAUGGGAUCCCCUUGAGACACCUUCUAUUCCUCACAGAGGCAGUACUUCCUCUCCGCGAGGAAAUAUUCCGCCUUUUGUAAAAGACGUUCACUCCGCCGGAGUUUUAUUUCCUGCUUCUAAAACUGCAACACCGAAAGUUUCUGUUGUUGAUUCGCGCGGAAAUGCAGUUUCGGUGGCAUCUGUUGAAUGUUUUUCAGCGUUGACAGAUGCGCCUCAAUGGCUCUCAGAAGGGCUUAAGUCAUUAGCCUUUCCAACCACGACUCCAAUUCAGUCAUACACCAUUCCAGUUCUUGCGGAGGGCCACGAUGUGAUUGGUCUUGCCCCAACCGGCUCAGGGAAAACAGUAGCCUUUGCGGUGCCUGCGUUGAAGCGAUUCCAACCGAGUCCUGCUGGUCUUCCAACGAUAGUGGUUCUCGCUCCAACCAGAGAGCUUGUGCAGCAAACGGCAAAAGUGUUUCAACAACUGAGUUCUGGUAGUGUUCGUGUUUGUGAAGCGUAUGGCGGGGCUCCACGAGAGGUUCAAGCCCGACGGUUACACAAGGGAUGUGAUGUGCUCAUAGCUUGCCCUGGCCGCUUAAAAGAUUUUCUCCAGAACGGGGAUGUGACACUUGACCACAUGUCUUUCCUGGUGUUUGAUGAGGCAGACAGACUUCUUGACAUGGGAUUUAAGGUUCAAUUAGAUGAGAUUUUGGGUUAUGCUGACCCUUCUCGUCCUGUUCAAACAAUGAUGUGGUCAGCCACAUGGCCAAAAGCGGUAGAGGAGCUGGCGCGUGAUUACCUUUCACAAAACCGUUAUACAAUUCGUGCAGGAACAGCUGGCAUAGGUUUGCAAGUGAAUGAAAAUAUCAAACAACAUGUCUUCUUUGCAGAUCACCCACAACAAAAGAUGGAGACCCUCGUAUCAUUAAUAGAAAAGGGAACCAUUGAUGAGAACACAGCAAAGAUGAUGAUUUUUGUGGAACGCCAAACAGAUACAGAAAAUGCGGCUCACAUGCUUGCACGAAUGCUGGGUAUACAUUCCAGAAAUGUCGGUGUUAUUCACGGCGGUAUGCAACAGCGUCAGCGAGAUUAUAUUAUGAAUGACUUCAAACAUAGUCGCACGCGGAUACUUGUAGCGACAGAUGUUGCGUCUCGCGGGAUCGAUUUCCCCGACGUAACAUGCGUAGUGAACUUUAUUGCACCAAAAAAUAUUGACAGUUACUGCCAUAGAAUCGGGCGCACCGGAAGGGCUGGCCGCACGGGGGACUCCUUCACAUUUAUUGGGCGUUCAGAUGGGUCUUUAGCAAAGGAGCUUGUAGGUUACCUAGAGAUGUGUAAAAUGCAUGUCCCAAAACAGCUUGUAGAUGUCGCUGAGCAGUAUACCCAGGCUGAGGAGGAGCGUCGCACGAGACGGACCUGGGGUGGCCGGUCUAAACGAGGUAACAGUCGUUGGAAGUCAGAUAACGACAGCCGCUCAUAUCGCGACAGUGGCUGGUAG